AGCUAAGGAAAGAAACUGAAACUCUGUCUCAACAGCGUUAUAAAUGUCCUUCAGAUCCAAAAAUUCAGGAAAGGCGCUAUUGCCCUUUGGUCUAGAUUAUAGUGAUGUUCUCACCACCACUUCAGGGACAGAUAAACCACAGCUUGUUCUUCCUGUGAAUGGUGAAUUAAGCGAACAAGAGACCGCCGCCGCUAAACAAUCAAUCAUGUUUGCGAAAUUAAUGUCGGAUGGACCCUUUUACACCGGGAAUCUAGACUUUAAGGACCUAUCACAACAAGAACAACGUAAGUUGGAUAUCAAAAGGGGGAACACUGCUGCUGACGGCAUUGAACGAUAUUCUGAUCGAUAUAAGAAGGUUAAGAAGAUAGGUAGAACUAUUGAAGAACACCCUUACCAGUUGGAAUUUUUCCCAGAGGAGCUUUACUCAGUUAUGGGAAUCAGUAAUAAGCAUAAGAAGAAGUUACUAUCAUUAUCCACUUUUAAGUCAAAUGGUGGAUUACGAGAUUUUAAAGUUGAUGAUGCAAAUGCAGAAAACGACCAAGCAAAUUCAUUAUUGGAAAAGUUGAAGAAUAUGGCCGAGGAGUUGGACAAUGGCGAUGAGAAUAAAGAGGAAGACGACGAGGACCAAGAAGAAGAAAUGGAUGAUGAAUUUGACGAAGAUGACGACGAUGACUAUAACGCUGAAAAGUAUUUCGAUGAUGGAGAUGACGAUGGAAUGGAUGCCGGUGGAGACGACGAAGCAGCGUUCUAGAAUCAACUAGCUACUCUUGUUAGUUCAAAAUUAAAAAACAACAAAACCUUUUGCAUGAUAUUUCAAAAUAUCCAACUCAUUUUCAUACCUUUUGUACAAUAGAGAAUAAAACAAUCUACAUAGUAAAUACACCAGCUUCUAAUU